CCCUUUCCGGGUCGCCCCGGGCCCUGGGCCUGUAACGCCUGAGACGGGGGGACACGGGCUAAAGGUUUCGCCCGCUCACUCCCAGCCCCACGCUCGACACAUGGACAUGCUGGAUCAGGGCCUCGACUCCGCCAGUCACGACAAAGGACAGGACACGGAAGAAGUUGUAGAGUUACAUGAAGGAGAUGAAACGAGUGCCGAAGAACAUACUGCCGUGGCCAUUGCCACUGUCCAGCAAGCUGCCUUCGCAGACCACAAUAUCCAGUAUCAGUUUCGCACAGAAAACAAUGGUGGACAGGUGACAUACAGAGUUGUCCAGGUGACAGAUGGUCAGCUGGAUGGCCAGGGGGAUGCAACAGGGGCAGUCAGUGUUGUGUCAACAGCAGCAUUUAGUGGCACUCAGCAGGCAGUAGCACAGGCUGUGAUCCAGAACCCGUUCAGCAAUGGCGGAAGCCCUACUACAGAUGCAGUUAGUGGGGAGGCGCGAUUUGCUUAUUUUCCAGCUUCCACCGUGGGGGACACUACAGCUGUGUCUGUGCAGACGUCCGACCCCACACUGGGACAAGCAGGAGGUCAGUUCUACGUCAUGAUGACCCCACAAGAUGUACUUCCUGCUGGACAACAAAGGUCGAUUGCUCCACGUACUCAUCCCUAUUCGCCUAAAAUGGAUGGGAACAGAACCCCUCGCGAUGAGAGGCGCAGAGCUCAGCACAAUGAAGUGGAGAGGAGACGGCGAGACAAGAUUAACAACUGGAUCGUUCAGCUGUCAAAAAUCAUUCCAGAUUGCAACGCAGAAAGCACCAAAACCGCAGCAAGUAAAGGUGGCAUACUGUCUAAAGCUUGUGACUACAUCCGUGAGCUCCGGCAGACAAACCAGCGCGUGCAGGAGACUUACAAAGAAGCGGAGAGACUGCAGAUGGACAACGAACUGCUGCGACAACAGAUAGAAGAUCAGAAGAACGAGAAUGCACUUUUGAGGGCACAGCUACAGCAGCACGGCAUUGAAGUGGUGGAAGAAUCUCCGAGGCAGUAACGUUCUUCACUCGCUCAUCAACAAGAGCCUUCUCCUGGGAGAGUAAAUGGGGGGGAAAAAAAGCCACGAGACAGAACUAUCCGCACCCUUCCUUCAUUGAGCAUCUCACUUGCCACCACCCGUCAUUCAAACCUCCCCCGACCCCUCCAGCUUUUUCUCCUUUAAGGUGUCAAAAAAAAUGUUUCACUGAUCCCUC